CUACAAUCUGCUUCGUGUCCCGGUACCAUGCCGCAAAGGUGCAGCAUCGGAAUCCUUCGUAAGCAGUAUACCCCAUGCGCAACCUACGCCGCAACUUCUCUCGUACGAAAGCGUCAUCAACCACCCAGUAUAUGAGGCUGCAAAGCCCCUGGAACUCAUCAAUCCAACUAACCCACGACGAACAAGAUGGUGCUCUGGCCAGAACAUCCCGUUGCUCUCUUCUUUCUGUCAUUUUCCAUAGGCGUCUUUGUCGUGGGCUUCUCGUCUCCAUCAUCCAUCAUCCGGCUGGCAUGCCUUCCUCUCCUACUCUUCAACGUUUGGCUGGUGCUGCGCCCGUCGACACAAGUAUCCUAUACACACCCUAUGUACGCAAAUCUUCUAGGCGGUAGCAUCUUCUCUUUAUUGCUGAAGUACCUCGACACCGUCGUCCUGCGCAAAUCAACCUACGAAGCCGGCGGCCCUACAACCACCCCAGAAGGCAACCCGCUACUCUUGCCGCACAAGGAGAAAGAGGGCGAUCAUCCUUCAUCCGUGACCGGAAUAUGGCGGCGACUGCACUUCGGCAUUGCCCACCUCUUGGAUACCCGCCUUUCGGGAACGCCCUGGGAGGUUAAAAAUGUCCCUCCCUUCAACAAGAACGACCCCAGCUACGUUCCCUCAAAGAGCAUCUUUCUACGAAACAAUAUCCUGCGCGUCUUAAUUUCCGUCACUCUGCUCGACCUAGGUCGUCCCAGUGCAGACACUACCAAGAACGCCAUCCUGUUCGCUGAGAGCAAAGUCCCUUUCUUCGCUCGACUGGGCUCUGUAACGACAGAAGACGUCGCGAUGCGUUUUGUUACCACGCUUGCGUCAGUUAUCAUCACAUAUCUCCUCUUCCAAGCCGUGCACGCGAGCUCGGCAGUUGUAACUGUCACCUUGGGUCUCAGCAAGCCAGAGCGAUGGCGGCCGCUUUUUGGAGACGUAUCGGACGCGUGGUCUCUGCGUCGCGCAUGGGGCAUGUUUUGGCACCAGAGUGCAAUCUCCAACUUAACCGGACCAGCCAAAUACGUUACCUUUGGCUUAUUUGGGCUCUCCAAAAGCUCGCUCAUAGCGCGCUACAUCUUCACGGCAAUCGUUUUCUUUCUUUCGGGCUGCAUGCACGUGUGCGGGGAAGUCACGGCAGGAAUCCCGCUUUCCGAAGCUGGCGUGGUUCGCUUUUUCGUCACACAGGCGCUGGGACUUCUCAUCGAGGACGCCGUUGUAGGAAUUUGGACGGUUGGAAUCAAGAAAGAAGGAGGGGAUCCGCGUGGAGUAAGAUGGUGGCAGAAAGGGGUUGGGUUUGUAUGGGUGGUGGCCUGGUUGGCUUGGUCGAUGCCGGUAUGGACGUAUCCGGCGUCGAGGAGGAGUCGAGGGGAAGGGAUUCUUCCGUUUAGUGUAGUGGAUCAUUUCAAGGCGUAGAGUUUUGAGACUCGGCACGAGUGAGGCUGGAUGAGGAAAGGUCAUGAAGAGUUC